GUUGGGGGUGGAGGUUAGAGAGUCUGUAUAACCCCCUGCGGUCUUUUCCGGGAUCACGCCACCGCUUCCACUCGGGAUCCACAGCAGAGCAGCGAUACAUAGCUGAUCAUCCACCGGGCGGGACGGUGUGCUGUUUCUAUAUAAAAGACACAUAACACUGCAGCAUCACAGGGCGACACCCUGUAUAACCCAGAGGAUAAAGACACUCAAAGAAGGAGAAAAGGCAGUCUGCUGUGUGUCGUUUCCACAGCAGAAGGAGUUGGACGAACUUGUCGCAGUGGAUUGGUCCCAGCGUGCAGCCUGGAUUACCGGACACACGCGGAACAAUCGUCUCCUGCAGCAGACACUCCAGCAGGCCCGUGGGCCCCGGUGGUGCUGUCAAGAAGAUGGACAGGAUGAAGAUAAUCAAGCGGAGGCUGUCCAUGUCUCUACGCAGCGCUCGGCCCGUCGACGACUCGCUGUCAGAGCUGGCAGAACAGAUGGCGCUGGACGAGCCGAGCGCCGGCAGGGACGACGGUGAGACACACACAGAACCCGUGGUGGUGUGCGCCGUGCACCCUCCCGCCUCGCACAGCGCUCCCUCCUUCCUGCGUCAGUAUGCCGGUCACCUGGGCCGCACCGCUCUGCGCAGAGAGCCGGGCGGCGGGCUGGAAAGAGACAGAGCCUACCUGAGCCUGCACAGGACUGGAUCUCUGGGUAUCGUCCACGAGAAUGUGAAGAUGGGUUCAGAUGGGGAGAGCGACCAGGCGUCCGGGACGUCUUCUGAUGAGGUCCAGAGUCCAGUGAGGGUCCGAAUGAGGAACAACCACCAUCGGCGCAUCUCUAACGAGGACAUAAACAAACGUUUGUCUCUCCCCGCUGACAUCCGGCUACCGGAGGGCUACUUGGAGAAGUUCGCCAUGAACAGCCCGCCCUUUGACAAACCCAUGAGCCGCAGGCUACGGCGCGCUUCAUUGUCUGAGAUCGGCUUUGGGAAACUUGAGACCUACAUCAAACUGGACAAACUAGGAGAGGGGACGUACGCCACGGUGUUUAAGGGCCGAAGCAAGUUGACAGACAACUUGGUGGCUCUGAAGGAGAUCCGGCUGGAGCACGAGGAGGGGGCGCCCUGCACCGCUAUCAGAGAAGUGUCUCUACUGAAGGACCUGAAGCACGCCAACAUCGUCACCCUCCAUGACAUCAUCCACACUGACAAGUGCCUGACUCUGGUGUUCGAGUACCUGGAGAAGGACCUGAAGCAGUACAUGGAUGACUGUGGGAGCAUCAUGAGCGUUCACAAUGUGAAGAUUUUCCUGUUCCAGCUGUUACGAGGUCUGGCGUACUGUCACAGAAGGAAGGUUCUCCACAGAGACCUGAAACCUCAGAACCUGCUCAUCAAUGAGAAAGGAGAGCUCAAACUGGCCGACUUUGGUUUGGCUCGAGCCAAGUCUGUUCCUACGAAGACGUACUCCAACGAGGUGGUGACAUUAUGGUACCGACCGCCGGACGUUCUCCUGGGCUCCACCGAGUACUCCACGCCCAUCGACAUGUGGGGAGUGGGCUGCAUCUUCUAUGAGAUGAUCACCGGCAGACCUCUGUUCCCUGGAUCCACCGUGGAGGACGAGCUUCACCUCAUAUUCCGCAUCCUCGGUACUCCCACAGAAGAGACUUGGCCCGGCAUCACCACCAGUGAAGAGUUUAAGACGUACAAGUUCCCCCGAUACCGAGCCGAGCCGCUCGUCAACCACGCGCCCAGGAUAGACAACGACGGACACGACUUGCUCUCACUUCUUCUUCAGUUUGAGGCUAAGAAGCGAGUCUCGGCCGAGGAAGCCCUCACACACUCGUACUUCAAAUGUUUCGGGGAGCAGGUUCAAACGCUGGCUGACACUGCAUCCAUCUUCUCUGUAAAAGGCAUUCAGCUCCACAAGGAUCCAGGGAAGAGAUCCUCAGUCUACCCAGAGUCAACGACGGCCCAUAAGCUGGGUUCAGCGCCCUCGCAGUACUUCCAGAGAGAAGCAGCCAAUCCCAGGGCUCAGAGUCACAAUCUGUCCUCCACUUCUACUGGCUGAGUGGCCUCUACCGUUCUGGUAAAUACGGUCUCUUUCAUUCUGUCCGCCCCCCCCCCCCCCUCUUUUAGGCUCUUUUCUUCUGUCCAUUUUGCACUUUUGUGUCCCACUCAAUGUUUGCUGCACUGAACUAAACGCUGGUAUGUUUCACUUUCCCUCCUUGGAUUCCCUGAACAGAGACGGCACCAUCAUUGUGUCUCUAGUUUCCUGUUAACGCUCUGAACCCCAAAGCAGUUUCGGGGCGUUUUUACGCUCCUGUCACAUUUGUUUCUCGGUUGCAUUGUUUUUUACCGCACUAUAAAGUUCUGCUCCUCUAUAGAAACAGAACCACCAUGAUAGAAGUAGAGCGAACUAGAACAUGUCUUUAGUGCAGAAUAGCACAGUUAGAAUGACAUAAAUCAUAGAAUAGAAAUACUAUAACAAUAUAAUCUAUAUAUCCAACAUGUUUCAAGUGUUACUAAUGUCGGAAAAAAAGGAGGCUUUACGUUCUAUAUUCAUUAAACUAUUUACGUGUUUACAGCCUCUCCUUCAGCAUCUCCUCUCCUCUCUCCUCUCUCCUCC